CAUCAAAAUGGAACAAUAUAGUUCACAUCUGAAUGUAAAUAAUAACAUUCUUCAAAGCCAAAAGUUUAGAUUAAAUUUUAGUGAAAGCGUUGGAGUAAAUUGGAGAACACUUGGUCGUAGAUUAAAUAUUGAAGACAAUUAUUUAGACAUGAUUGAUCAAGAGAAUAAUAAAAUUGAUGCAAAAGCUUAUUCAAUGUUAACUUCAUGGAUCCAAAUGAACAAUAAUCCAACACUUGAGGAGUUAAAAACAGCUUUGAGGAACAUGAAGAGAAUGGAUCUAAUAAGAAAAAUAGACGAAUUUACAAAAACUUUAAAUUUACAAGAAAGUUCUUCCAGAUUUUCUGCCAACAAAGAUAUAUCUGAGAUAUGCACAGCACUUAAAAGUCAUUAUCUUACAAAUUAUGCAAAAAUAAAUGAAAUUCAACCACCAUUAAAAUCACCUGCAAAUGUUGAUCUAAUGCAUAAGUUUGUUGAUCUAUGUAUUGUUGAUGCCGUUAAUACUCAAAUAGAUGGUGCUUAUAGUGUUGAGCGAAAGAAAUUUCUUGAAAAGCAAUUGCGUUAUACACCCAUUCCAUAUAGUGAAGUUUUUAUGAAAGAAAAAUCUGUAAUAUUAAUAUCUGGAAUAGCUGGUAUUGGAAAAACAUGGUUGCUUAGAAAAUGUUUGCUUGAUUGGUCAAAUGAUCGAAUUUGGAAAAAUGUUAAACUUGUGUUUUAUUUGGAAUGCAGGAUGUUAAAUCAAUAUCAAAAUAUUUCAAGUAUUAAUGAAUUACUAAAUAUUUUCUACAAAGAUAUUAUAAAUGAUUUUAGUAUAAUUAAUCAUCAUGCGCUGUUUAUAAUUGAUGGAUUAGAUGAGUUUAAAUAUUUUAAUGAAUUAAUAAAUCACAGUUCGAGUUGUAAUUAUCCAAUUGUUAAAACUUUAACCGAAAUUCAAAAAUACAAAUAUGUAGUUGCUGGUAGAGUUUAUGCAAUUGAUCAAUACCAAAGUAUAUCUACAGAGCAUAGUGAUAAGUUAACCAUUCAAAUAAUGGGAUUUAAUGAAAAUGGAAUAAAUAAUUACAUAGAAAAUAAUGUUUUAGAAGAAAAAAAAUAUGUUGUGAAAGCAACAUUAAAGGAAUCUCCAAUUGCAAAAGCCAUGUCGUCAGUUCCAUUUUAUUUAUCUUCCAUGUGUAAGAUUAUUAGUGACUCAAAAAAAGUAGAUAAUUCUUUUUUAACAAUGACAGAUUUGUAUGCAAAUAUUUUUUUAUACUUUUUGCAAAAACACAUCAUCAAAAGCAAUGAAUUGAUUUAUCAGAUAAUGGAAAGCGACUCCAAUAAAAAAUAUAUUUUAAAUAUUUGUAAAAUUGCAUAUCGAUUGUUUGUUGAAAAUAAAGUAAUUUUUUCCAAAGAAGAUAUAAAAACUUUUAUCAAUGAUUUUGAUGAAAAUAAUGAUAAUUUUUUUGGAUUUAUAGAAAGAAUUGAAACAAAUCUAGGUUAUUACUAUCAAUUUGCACAUCUAACAGUAAUGGAGUUUUGUGUAUCAGUAUAUACAUAUAAUUGUUUAAGUAGUGAAGAGAUUAUGGCUGAUAAAAGACUAAAGAGUUGUUUAUCAAUGAUUUGUGGAUUAACUAAUAAAAGUCAAAAUAGUUUAUUAAAAUUUCUUGUUAACCUGAAUCCUUCAAAAAAAUCUUUAUUUUCUAAACUGAUUUUGUUUCAUAAUCGUUAUUCUUCAAAAAAAGCUUAUGAAGAUCAUUUAUUUUUAUUUUCUAUUUUAGGUCGUCUAAUUAAAUUAUAUCGUCAAAGUCGUGAGAAAUACGAUGAACAACUCGAAUCUUAUUACAUUAAUUUAUUCAUUGAAUGUUUUUAUGAAAGUCAGUCAUCAUUUACUGACGAAAUAAAAUUAAUUGUCGAUGAACGAAAGUGGCAGAUUUCGAUUAAAGAUGGAAAAACUACUUACGAAACUUCUUGUGAAAAUUAUUUCGUAAAUUGUUACAUAAAAUCAGGAAGAAAGUUAUCGUGGUUACGUGUUGAUAAAAAUAUUUUAAGUGAUGAAGAAAAAAAUAUUUUAAUUCAAUGUUCAUCAAAUGUUCGCAUUGUCUACUUUUGGUGUCCAAUUAAAUUUGAAGGAUGGAAACCGAAAGAUGAGAUUGAAAUCUUGUGGAUAUCCAUCUCACGUUUUUUAUUAACGAAAAAAGAUUUUGAAGAAAGUUUUCUUCCGUGGAUUAAUCUUUGUAAAGAAUUAAAUCUUUUCCUUCACGACCAUAUCGAUUUCAUUGAAGAGAUUUAUGAAUGGAUUCGUUGUUCGAAUAUCAAGAGGUUAUCGAUCAACUUCCGUCGAAAAAAUUUUAAUAACCUUAAUGAAUUAAAUAACUUCAUAACACUGAAAAACGUUUAAUAUCUUAAUAUAUAAACAAUAAUUAAUAAAUUAUAUAAAUAAUAUUUAAUUUAUUAUUUUACAAACAUACAUGUUUUAAAAUAUAAAAGUUAA